AACCAACCAACACCCAACACUUCGAGAGAAACAAAACCAUUGCAAGCAACCGAAGCAAUCAACCAAGGCUACCAAGUCAAGCAGCUGACGAUACGACUCAAUUCUAAUGGCAGCGACAGCCUCAUCCAUGGCGGCCACCACCGUCUUCAUACCACGCUUUCCCAUCAAACCCACCCGCUGCUCCGCUUUGCCUUACCUCCCUCCUCGCCUCUCCUCCCCUUCUUCCUUCCCUCUUAAAUCCUUCUCAGGGUCCCGGAGGCUUUCUCUUCAGGUCAGAGCUUCAUCUUCAGAAGAGACAUCCACAUCCGUCGACACUGAUGAACUUAUAUCAGACUUGAAGGCGAAGUGGGAUGCAGUUGAAAACAAGUCUACAGUACUUGUAUAUGGAGGUGGGGCGAUAGUCGCAGUGUGGUUGUCCUCAAUAGUUGUUGGUGCCGUCAAUUCAGUGCCACUUCUUCCAAAGGUCCUGGAGUUGGUAGGGCUAGGAUACACAGGAUGGUUUGUCUACCGUUACCUACUCUUCAAGUCCAGCAGAAAAGAACUAGCUACAGACAUUGAGGCACUGAAGAAGAAGAUUGCCGGGACUGAAUAGAUCCGUAUGACGCGGUGGCAUUUGUAUCCUGUAAUCUAAAAUAGGUUUUUAUUUGAACUAUUGUUGUAGUUAUGUUAAUGUACUCCCGUCCUUCAGCUUCAUCUUUGGAAUAAGAUUUGGCAAUUUUAUGUCAGUUGGUCCA